UUAGUGACUCCAGAAAGUGAAACAGAAUAGUACAAAAUUUCCCCAAAAGUGCAAUAAAAUAUAAUUAUUGUGUGAAUGGUAAGUUGAUAAAAGAAAAGGUGCGGGUGGUAACUGAUGCAGAAAUAGCGAGCUAGAAGAGAGAGGAGAAGAGAAGAGAAGAAAGGUAGAAUCAGAAAGAUGGGCGCAGGCACCGAAAACAUCCCUCCUUUCAUCGGCGGUCAACUGAGUCACCUCCUCUCUAACUCCCGUCUCACCCUCAAGGGUUUGCAAGUUGAUCACAUGUGGUCCAGUGACAAAUACAAUUCCGGCAUCACCGAUCGCUUCACUCUCCUCAUUCCCUACUGCUUAGACUUCAUCAAAUGGGCUAUUGUAUACGAUGUUGAAUCUCCUACAACUGCACCUGAUGUUAUUUUCGGCCCUGAAGAUGAACAUUUUCAUCCAUUUCAUAUGACUCAAUCUGUUGAACCUAAUAACAACUCUUUACUAUCUGAUUGGAAUUACAAAGACCCCACGCGUCUCUUGACUCUUAUUCAAUACUUGAGGGAUCAAUAUGUGCUGUAUCAAGGGAAGCGUGUUGGAGAAGUCGAUGAUGAUCGGUUGAAAUUUGAAGUCAGCACUAUUGUUUCAAGAGAGGGACUAGAAAUGCAUAUGAGUUCUUGUGCUGACAAGUCAGAGGAGGUUAAAUUUGCUGUGCCCCUACUGGACAUGAACAUAAACAAGAUGGUUGCUGGCUGUCCAUGGAGACAAUCCCAGAAGAUAUACUUACAAGUUAUAUAUCCUGUUGGGAGAAAGUAUAUGCCUUCCACUUCAGCUCCUCGCCUGAAGUUAGUAUCUUCUUCUGAGUUGAAAACCCUAUUUUCCAUUGAUGAUGUCAAGCUGCCUUCUUGGUUGGAUGGGAUGUGCUUGGCAGAAUAUCUUCCAAAUCUGGAAGAAUAUCUUGAGAAACAGGUCCUCGAAGCCGUAUCAUUAAUUGAUGUUAGAAGGCACUUCAUUGAAGCGUUGGCUGUUCCAUUAGGAAGGCCAGUUGAAGCUGAUCCUGUCUUUUGCAGAAAGGCAACUUUUCUGUCGGCUUCCGGAGUUUUUACAUUUCUGGUACACUUCCUAAUUCCAGCUCAGUUUCCAAAGCAACAGCCGGCUAUUAUGCUUCAAAGUUCACAGCAUUUUACUUCACAAAUGGCACCUAUCAAGUCACGUCUUACGUCUGAUUAUCCAUGGAGUCCGAGAUGGGAACAGUCACUGAUGGCUGAGCGAAUUUGUGAGUUUCUGGCAGAUGAGGCCUUGAAUUUCAAGAGGCAAUGCAGUGAGGGUCAAGUUCAACUGUAACAAGCCCAGAGCGUGUCAAGCUCAAUUCCAAUAUUGUGGCUAUCUCUAAACUUGGUCAUUGAAAAAUGUUUUGUUGGUCUGUGCCGUCGAUGCAUUUGUUUUCUUGGGAGUUAAAUGCGUUGACAUUUAAAUUUUUCUUGUAUUCGUUCAGUUCUAGGAAUAUUUUGUAUUAUAUUGUCUAUUGUGUAUGUUUGACUAAAACUUUACUAUGUGCAUAAAAGUAGCUGUUGUGUAUUAUCAAAUAGACAUUCAACAUGGAAAAAUAGGAUUCAGUGUUCCAUUUUUAUUUUCCCUC